AUGGAGACAGAAGUGUGGAACUGGCAUGAGCCGGGUGCCGAAUGGGUUGGCGUCGACCCAACGGCGCCACCCCAGCGUAGGCUCGGGGUCCGACCCCGAAGGACCCCGUUAACACCAGAGCAGGUUCAGUACUGGAUUCGAUUUGCACUAAGAAUCAGGGGGAUCCCACUUUCCGAAGUCUUUGAAGACGAGGAAGAUAUAGAAGCAAGCCCCAACGGGGCAGCCUCCGCGGCUAUGCCGGUGGCUCCCGCGACCUCAAUACCAGAUUACCCCCACGGAAGCAGCCUCCGCGGCUGCGCCUAUACACUCAGCCACUCCCGUGCUAGCUCUUACUUCACUAAUACUAACUAA